AUGGAGCGAAAGCGCAAACUGCCCGCGCGGGCUGCCGCGCGAGGCGAAAAUGCUGCCAAAAAGCGCAAUGUUACACCUCGAGAGCGAUCUGCGACGCCUGCUGCUCCCCCGCCAGCUCCAGAGCCAGAACCAGCUCCGGAACCUGAAGAACCUCCCCCGCCUCCAUUGCCCAAAUCGAUUCAAGCUGGCAAACCUCUCCCAACGGUAGAAGUCGCGCAGCCAGAAGAACUGUCGUCAAAGGAGUAUCAGUCGGUUGGUGAAAGUGGUGUACUUGCCGAAUCACUCUUCCGAUCCCGUCACAAAUGGAUCAGCGAAGGCUUGUUUGCAAAGUAUUGGACGAAACCCCAUAAGCGCAAAGGUGUUCUCAAUGAAGACCCUAAAAACCCGCCCAAGGAUACCAUGUCAAAGGUGGGCACCGUAACGAUUACGAUUGAGCCUCAUAUAAUCGAAGCCACGAUGUACGUGGUGAAGGACCCGAAACCGAAGACUCAGCCCGUACCACAGCAGCAACCACAGCACCGUCCGAUUCUCCAGUAUGGUCCUCCAAAUGGUUCAAUGCCUCCGCCAGUGGCGCCUCCAGCAUCUACAGCUGGCACACCGGCACAGAAUAGGGUGCCGGCAGCGAAAUCUAUACCACAAAGUCCAUCACAGGGCCCAGCUCAAAGUCCGGCUCAGUCAUCUCAAGGCCAGAUUGCUACUUCAACGACAGCCGCGGUGAACACUGCGACACCAUCCCCGAGUCCAAGCUUACAGCCAAGACCACAAGUUGGAGGGCCUGUAGCACCAUCUCCAACACCAUCAAUCUCACAAGCGUCUCCCAACAUUUCCGCCCCAGUGGCACAUAUGUCAGCUUCAGGGCCGACCGUAGCACCAGCAGCAUCCACUAGGCCGAUAACAGCUCCUCUAAUGUCUCCAUCCCCCCGACCGCCUCCAAAUGCUCAUCCGCCUGCGAGUGGCCUCGCCAAACCUGCUCCAGCUCCAAUUCCUGGCUCAGCUCCAGGUGUCCCUGCUUCAGGUGCCGCCCCUGCUGCGAAACCGUCGGCUAACGAUCCUGUGAUUGCUUUAUUGGCACAGAAGGCUUCGGGAGAUGCCGAGCUGCGGGACCUCAUGAAGAGAGUGGCCGUGGGGCAAGCAAAAGAGGGUGAAUUAGCUCACUUUCAGAAGAUCAUAGAUCAACUUAAUGCCGAAUAUCGAAGUAGAGGGGGGCAGCAAGGGCCAUCGGCAGAUCGUCUUCUUGUCGAUGGCCGUACAGUGCAAUAUUUUGCUACGGAAGUCAGGACUAUUCUUGAUAUUGUCUUGGCCUCUAACCCCAACCAGAAGUCUUCCGAGCUGCGGCCACCACAAGGCAGUGAUCCGCUUGUCGUUCUAUUGGUCAAGACUGCCCUAGAGGACCAGAGGACACGGGAUAUGAUUCGAAGGAUUGCGGAAAACCGACCCGGCUUUACUGAUGCUACAGAUCUCAAGGAGAUCUUAGAUCGGCUGCAUCGCGAUAUGAAGACCGCACCGAGAGCUUCUCCUGCUCCUGUACAAAUCCGCCAGCAAACCCCGAACAGCAUACCGAAUGGGCAACAAAAGGCACUCCAUAAUGGACCUCCACCUAACCCACAAGCUCUCAGAUCAAAGGGGCCACCACCUGUGCCCAAACCAGACAUUGCUGCUGUUGUUUUUGACUUUGGAAGCGGUGACCGAUAUCUGUUUCCCAAAUUCAGUAUUUUGGAAUAUCUACCAACUGCGACUGGCCAACAAGUUGUGGCCUCAUUUCUAAUUGUUCGCAAGGGAAGCACAUCUGAAUAUGGAGGCGACCCAAAGCUAGACUACUACCAACCCGUCACGAUACGCCUCUUCACACCAUCUGGUCGCCAUCUAGAGAAUCUCGCACGAGUGGUCGCUCCCCAAGAUGAGGUCAGGCGCUAUAUGGACGAUGUCAUGGAUCAUAUGACCCGCGCCGAAUAUGUUCUCCUGGCAAUGAGGCUCCCAAAAGCCAGUUCGGACGGAGAGAAAGACGGCGCGGCCUCGGAGGAACCCAGGACAAACGGCUCGACACCAAAGCCUGACUCGGCGAUAGAGCCGAAGCCCGCCGCGAAGGUUGGCGUUCUUUGGACGUCCAAAGGCAAUUCUGAAACUCCACCAGUAGAAGGACGGCUGUCAAAGCCAGCUCGAUAUGCUGAGCAGGAGGCUGAAGCUAAGUACCAGCGCUUGAUUAGUCAAGUGUCUGCAAAGGACAACGAGGCCUGA